UCUAUUCGUUGCUAGGACGCUUCGUUGCAGUGUUUAUUUAAUCAUAUUGAUUUAAGACUUUGUAUUUAAGUUUGUCAAGUCAGAACACGUGGUAUACCGGUUUGUAAACACGAAUACGAAAGUGGUAAGCCUCGCAGUAUAUCUUCUGUUGCCUCACGAUGCCUUUAAUAGAAGAAAUCUUUGAGGUGCAAAAGCCAGUUGUUGAAGUGGUUGAUGAAAAGGACACCUAUGAUGAAAAGAAUGAAAGUGGUUUUGAAGACAUGCCUGCUCUAGAAGAACUUGAGAUACAAACAGAGGAUGUUACAAGUGGAGAAAGGGACAUAGUUUUAGUGAAAACAGAUCCUAACAAAAAUGAAACAAAUUUUGUUGACAAAAAUAACAAAAUUGAUGAGGCUUUAAAUGAAAAAGAAAAGGAAGAUGAUAAAUACUUUAGAUUGUCAAAGAAGUUUCUCCGCCAGCAUUGCAAGGAUAUGAAACUCUACACAACCCCAUAUUUAAACGAUGUAUUAUAUUUACAUUACAAAGGUAUACACAGAAUAGAGAGCCUGGAAGAGUACACUGGUCUUAAAUGCAUUUGGCUGGAAUGCAAUGGCAUUCAGAGAAUUGAGAAUCUGGAGAAUCAGACGGAGCUGCGCUGCUUGUACCUGCAGCAAAACUUGAUUCCUAAAAUUGAAAACCUUCAAGCACUUGUACAUCUAGAUACCCUCAAUGUGAGCAACAAUCUCAUCUCCAGGAUUGAAAAUAUAUCGUGCAUUCCCCACCUGCACAACCUGCAGAUUUCCCACUGUAGACUGUCCACAGUGGACGACCUGGCUCACCUGGCCGACUGCAGGGAGCUCAGCUGUGUCGAUCUCUCACAUAACAAAAUCACUGACCCAGCCAUUGUGGAUGUUUUUGAAAAAAUGGAGAAUUUGAGGGUACUCAAUCUGAUGGGCAAUGAGGUGAUACGCAACAUCACCAACUACAGGAAGACAUUGAUUUUGAGACUGAAAAACCUCCAGUACCUGGAUGAUCGGCCAGUGUUUCCUAAGGACAGGGCCUGUGCAGAAGCCUGGGCGAAGGGAGGCCUUGAGGAGGAGCGUGCAGAAAGACAGCGCUGGGUGGACGCAGAGAGGAAAAAGAUAAUGGACAGCGUGCAUGCUAUGAGCAGCAAGCGUCAGGAAAACAUGGCAAAGCGCAUACAGAAAGAGCUGGAUGAGAAGGGACAGGGGGAGGAGGUGGACCCGGAUACCAUCGACUGGCUCUACGGUUCCUACAAGACCAAGGCACAGGUACAGAUUGAGGCACAGAAACAACAGGAGGCUGGGGACCAGCAAGAGGACUCGGAGAUGCCAGAGUUGGAGGAUGUUGAGGUAACAGAACACAAAGAGGAACAGGCCACAAGGCUCACCAUUGUCGAUGCUACUGUUGAAGACACCGAGGAGCCAGAGACAGAGGACAUUCCAUUGAUCAAACCAAAAAAUAAAGAGAAUGAUGAAGGAAUUUUCUCAACAAAAAAAACCUCAAAAGAUGAAAGCUCUCAUAUCUUCAUUACAGAAAUGACAGAUGACCAGUCAAUAGAGACAAUUAGCAUGCCAGCAUCAAGCAGGACUGAAAAGCCCACAUUUAAGCCAAGGAUAGAGGUACUUGGGGAUGAUGACAACCUUGAUUCUGACACAGAAGACAGCAGUGAUGAUGAGGAAGCACAGGAACGCUGGCAGGCAAGUUCUGUAAAAGAGGUUGCAAAGGAUGAAGCUGAUAUUGUAAAAACAAAGAAACUGAUUGAAGAAAUUAGUGAUGAAACGUCUGAUCCUAAAGGAAACCCAGGUGACCUUUCCACAUCAAAUGAUCUCUUGGAUAGUAUGGGUCAACUCUUCAAUGCUCCAGGAUCUCGGCAGCUAAACAAGGCAUUUGAAGAAGAGGAAAGGAAGUAUGCAGUGAUGACAAAAGAGGAGAAGAUUCAGGACUUGGCAGAGAACAUGGGCUCAUCAAGGGGUCAAAAAGGGGAGAGCAUAGAUGUUUGGAGCCCAGAUGAUGAUUUGGAUUGAAUUCUGUGGUAUUAUGAGCAUUAAAAGAAUUAUGCUUUAGGAUAUUUUUAACCAUUAUUGGAUGGAAUAGAGUAUAAUUAAAUAUUUAUUCUUCUCAUAUAGGCACUUGAAGAUGAAAUUUGGAUGGAUUAAAUACACAUCGUUAAAAAACAAGGAUAUUAAGAUGGCAAUAAAACAAUGUUUUGUUAAAUAUUAAUUCAAGGAAUUAUAUGAAAGUCAUUACAGUUUAUCUUUAAAAAAUGCAUGUGAAUCAUCAAUGGCACUAUUUUUGUAUUUAAAACUGCCAAAAUAUUUGCCUUUAGUCAGUCAUGUUGCAUCUUCAUGUUCUGUUUCAAGUUGGCAUAUUAAAUAUGCAAUGUCUUUGACAUUUUCAUAAGUUAUCAUCAAAAUUAAUUAGCAAUUUAUUUGUAAAUAGUGUCUGCAUUUGUCAAAAUUAAAUAUUUAUUUAUGUUU